AUGGGCUUUUGUUGCAAGCUGAAGAAGAGACUGGUGAAGAAGAGAAAGACUGAGGUGCCAGAGGAAACUAGCGUGGUCUUCUCUCCGACCGCAGGCACACCAGCGCGGGGACCUGCUAGAGCUUUGCCAGUCAUAACCACCGUACAGCCUCCCGAGCAGCUCGUGUCGUUGACAACGGCUUCCGCCGCGGUUACUCUUUCUCUGAGAGACAAUUUCGAACCAUGGACUCGAGCUUAUACGAUGUUACAGAGCCGAGAGCCCGAGCUGAUGGAUGACUAUAAGAAGCACUUGGCAUCACUACAUGACGGUGCAACAGAUGCAGACCUCUCAACUUCGCGAGCGGUUGAAUCAAUCUGGCAAUUGUCGCUUAUAGGAAAGAAGAUCAAGAUAAGGGAGCAAGCUGAGAAGUUGGCAAAGUUCCUCCUCUGGACCGACCCAAUAGUUAAGAAUGCUCUCAGCGCUCAGCCAUAUGCAGCACUGGCAUGGUGUGGUGUUUCGUUGCUUCUCCCGUUACUCACGAGCGGUACGACAAACAUCGAGACUAUGCUGAAAGGCUUUGAUUUAAUCAGCGAUAUUCAACUCUACUGGGAAAUUUGUGAAAGGACAUAUCUCCGGCCCGCACAUCGAGAAGGGUACCAAGACCUUAUGGAACCUUUAUCGAAGCUUUAUUCGCACAUUAUUGAAUACCAGGCGCGCAUUAUAUGUCAUCUUUCUACAGCUCAACUCUCUCGCGCAUGGCAAAACAUAGCCGGUUGGAAUAAUUGGGAUGGAAAAUUGACAGAGAUUAAUGAAAUAAAUAAACACUGCAUCCGCUGCAUCCGACCGCUUGAGGCAGAGGAAAUUCGGAAGGAUAGAGAUAAUCAACUAAUCUUGGAAAGAGAACUUUUUCAGGAUCUUGCAUCUGACUAUAAAGAUUACAAAGACUUCAACCCAGCCAGGGUUCCAGGUACAUGCGAAUGGUUCUUCGGGGAUGACAGAUUUUGUGACUGGCGGGACAGCAGCACUUCCAGGCUUCUUUGGAUCUCUGCCGGCCCUGGUUGUGACGGAGAUGAACGCCGCAUGCACGCAAGCAAUGCCCUGUGCACAAUACUUCACCAGCUUAUUAUACAUAAUCCUGGUAGUGGUCUAAUACGACAUGCACUUCCUAGUCAUAAGGAGUAUGGCAAAAAACUAGUUCAAAGCUUUUCCGAACUGUGGCGAAUCCUUAUGGACUGCGCUAACUCGCUCGAUGCUGGAGAAAUUGUCUGUGUCAUUGAUGCCCUCGAUGAAUGCAAUGCAGAUGGCAGUCGUCAAUUAAUUGAUAAGCUGAGAGACUUCUAUUGCCAGCCUUCGAACCAAUCUAAGCCGCCCUCAACACUCAAGUUUCUGAUCACCAGUCGCCCAUACGACGACCUAGAAUUAUCUUUUAGAACAUUUAUUAACACAGCCACAUAUCUGCACUUUGACGGCGAUGAAAAGUCUGCCUUGAUCAGCAGCGAGAUCAAUCUAGUCAUCGACGCCAGAUUGGGUGAAAUUGCAGAUAAUUUCAAGGAGGCCGAUCGUGAAAGGAUUUCAUUCAAACUUAAAAGCAUGGAGCACUGCACAUACCUGUGGCUACAUCUCACAUUUAAGAUUAUUCAGGAGAGUCCAAGCGAAUACAGCAGGCCGUCUGAUAUGGAAGCGCUCCUCUCUGACCUGCCGUCCAAGGUAACGGAAGCAUACGAAAAGAUCCUGGAGCGGAGCCGAAACCUGAUAUACACAGAGACACUACUGCAAAUUGUUUUAGCUGCAGCCCGGCCCCUGACACUUGCUGAAGCGAAUAUAGCUCUAACAUUAGCUUUGGAGAAGAAAGAAUUUGAUUCCUAUUCUGUCUUGGAGUCCCGUCUAUGGGAUGAAGAGACCUUUGAGAGCACUGUGAAGAAUCUAUGCGGCCUCUUUAUCAAUGUUUACGACUCGAAAUUAUUGUUCAUCUACCAGACAGCGAGGGAGUUCCUCAUCCAUUCUCAAAGAGAAGGCAAGUGGCAGGGGCGGUUGAAGAUGUCAACGUCGUAUAGAGAAAUGUCACUGGUCUGCCUGUCUUAUCUAUGUUAUAUAGACAAGCAGAUACGCUGCACGGUAUUGGAUGGACCAUGCAAGACCUGCUGA